AGUCUAGAUUUGAGUGUGAUUCCUAUGGUUCUUUCUCCUCUUACCCUCCUUUUUCUUCCCCUUAAAUUUAAGUGUCUCCAUACGUGUGAAUCCUGGUGAGGAAGAGGAGCGAAUUGGAAUCCCAUUUUCUCUAGUUUUUUUUUGGAAUAGUAGGAGUUCAGUUUGUUAGAACCAAAGGAUUGUUUCUAUUUAGGUUAGAAAAGAAGUGAAAGAUGGAUAUAUCAGAUUCACAAUGUGGUAGUGGGUGUGAGUCCGGUUGGACUCUGUAUUUAGAUCAAUCCUCUUUGAGCUCCUCUUUCUCAAAGAGUAAAUGGUGGAGUUUUAGUGGGGUUGCUGAUGAAGAUUGUGGGGGGAAAGGAGCAGGAGUAGAGUAUGUGGAAGAAGGUGAGGAGGAUUUGUCAAUGGUGUCUGAUGCAUCCUCUAGACCAAGACAUUACUGUGAAGACGCUGAAAACUGCAAUGAAGAAAAUGGGUAUUAUUUUCCUGCUCCCUCAGCUUCUGAAUUCGCCAAGAAAAGCAAAAGCAAGAAGAAGAUAAGAGAAAACCAACAGCAUUCUUAUCUCGACGACACUGCUAGCUCCACUGUGCUAAGCUUUUCCAAGAAGAAUCUCAAAAAGGAAACUUCAAUGGACGUUUUCGAUUAUUCACCGGACUGCUCCGCUACCAAUACUAUGGGGAAAUCAGGAUUUCGGAAGAAACUUGGUUUCCUGCAGACCUCUUUUGCUGGCAAACCAGUUUCAAGAGAAGCAGGUGGUUUUCAAGUUCAUCAAGGAAGAAAAUGGGAAUGACAAAGGGGUAAGCAUAAUACCUUUUGUCUCUACUAGAUAAAAGGCAGCCUCGGAUCUAUAAAAAGGAGAAAUUAGAAAACAAAAAAAAAAAGGCAAUCGAUCUCGGAAAGAUAUUGCUCUUUUCUUUUUGGUUUUUGUCCUUAUCCAAAUCUACUCCUUGUUAAGUGUUCCUGUCAAUGCAGUAGGAAACAACCCAAGACAUUAAAAAUAAGUAAAAUCUCAUGUCUUCG